AUGGCCCCUCUGGGUGAAAUAGUAAUUUAUCAUUUAUUAUGCGUAACGGCUUUACACUCAAGAAACUAUAUUGAAGCAUUUGACAAUCAGACUGCUUGUGUUGCUGCUGUAGUAAAAAUGUUACAGUCCCAAAAGGAGGAAAAUUGGACCCUGCCACUUUUAUACACUGUAUGCAUAGAUCUAAGACUUGUUGCCCAAAAAGCUGAGGGAUGUAAUCCCCAAAGCAACGGUAAAAUAUUAGAGAAGGCGGCGGAAAGCCUCCUCGCGUGUUUCAGAGUGUGCGCAGCGGACAACAGAUCGUCCGAUAGCGAGACGAAGAGACUUGGAAUGUUGAACCUCGUCAAUCAACUGCUCAAAGUCUACUUCCGAAUAAACAAACUGCAUCUGUGCAAGCCUCUCAUAAGGGCUAUCGACUCGUCACCGUUCAAGGACCAGUUCCCGCUGGCGCAGCAGAUCACGUACAGAUAUUUCGUCGGCCGCAAGGCAAUGUUCGACUCCGAUUACAAAGCCGCCGACGAGUAUCUCUCUUACGCGUUCCAGAAUUGCCACGGGAGGAGCGCGAAGAACAAGAGGCUGAUACUGACGUACCUCGUGCCCGUCAAAAUGCUCCUGGGUUUCAUGCCGUCGAAGCCCCUCCUCGAGAAGUACGACCUGAUGCAGUUCUGGGACCUGGUGUCCGCGGUGAAGGAGGGCAACUUGAGGGGCAUCGACAACGUAAUGGAGGAGCACGAGAGCUUCUUCAUCCGCGCGGGAAUCUACCUGAUCGUCGAGAAGCUGAAAAUAACCGCGUACAGGAAUCUCUUCCGCAAAGUAUACUUGCUGGAGAGCUCGCACCAGAUCGACAUUGCCAGCUUCCAGGCCGCUCUGCAGAUAAUGGGCCAGGAGGACGUGGACUCCGACGAGACUCAGUGCAUAGUCGCCAAUCUGAUUUACGACGGGAAAAUAAAGGGUUAUAUUUCCUAUCAACACAAGAAAGUGGUGGUUAGUAAACAGAACGCGUUUCCACCACUUUCUAGUUUGUAU